CGGCGGAUUUUUCGAAACCAGAACAACGGCCAAACCCAUCCAAGCCCGACGUGCAGCAUGGCAGGCGACGACCGCGCCGAGGACGCCGCCUUCUUUGACAAGCCUAGCGUCCCAACGACGAUCCGCUGGAUCCCGGACGCCGAGGUGUCUCUCUGCAAGGCCUGCGGUCUCCUCUUCGACUGGGUCCGGCGCAAGCACCAUUGCCGAUACUGCGGCCACGUCUUUUGCGAUCUCUGCACGACGUUCCGCAGCUUGAUCCGCGACGACAAGAUUUUAACGUCCCCCGAGAAGCGGUACCUCUCGGUGAACGCAUACAACCCGCAGCGCGUGUGCGAGCCGUGCUACACGCUGCUCUUGCCCGAUCAAAGCUUGCUCUGCGCGACCGCCAGCAACGCCGUGCAGCCGAAUUCCAUCAGCGAGGCCGGCUCCAAGCGCUUCCUCAACAGUCCGUACUCGUUUACACUGCGUGAAGAGAUCCGCAAGGCGGCGUACAGCGUCAAGAACUUCAUGUACGAUGGCGUCAUCAAGGACCAGUCUAUCCCGCUGCCAUUGCUGACCAAUGCCAAGGGCAUUGCCUUUCUGACGGUCCUCAAGGUCGGCUUCGUUGUCACGGGGCGUGUGGGCACGGGCCUCGUCAUCGCCAAGCUCCCCGAUGGCUCCUGGUCGGCGCCGUCGGCCAUCGCGACCGCCGGCAUUGGCUGGGGCGCCCAAAUCGGUGGCGGUGUCACCGACUUUGUCAUCAUCCUCAACACCCGCUCUGCCGUUGAUACGUUCUGUGCCCAAGGCCAAGUCAACAUGGGUGCCGAGCUCGGAGUUGCCGCCGGGCCGCUCGGACGUGUUGCUGCAGGCGCGAUGGAAGCCGGUCCUGGUGGCAUUGCACCGUGCUACUCGUACUCGCACUCAAAGGGACUUUUUAUCGGUAUUUCGGUUGAAGGUUCGGUCGUGCUCGCACGACCGGAUGUGAACCUGGAGUUUUACGGCAAGGAAGUCACGGCGGCGGACCUUCUCAGCGGCCGAGAACGCCCGCCCGUUGCUGCGCAACCGCUCUAUGAUGCACUCACGAUGGCCGUGGAGAGUCCUGCGAACGGCCUCAACCGCGGCUCUCUCUCGACGCGGGCGGCGUCCUACAGCAGCAGUCAGCGCCUGUCGACGCCCGCACCCGUGUCGGCCCCGGCUGCGAGCUCGGUCGCCUUGUAGUUGGCCAUGUAGAGGUGAUUGCAAGCCGAGGGGACGGGAUGUACACGCUACAAACAUAAAUGAAUGCAACGAC